AUGGAGCACCGCACCGGCGCCAUUAUCGGCACCGCCGCCCGCCGCGUGGGCAUCUUGAGCGACGGCGGCACGACGGCCGCCGCGGCACUGGUGGGACCUGGCAGCUAUGAUGUGCCGCCGUUGCCAGCCGGACGCGCCUUCACCUUUCCGCGGGAGAGUAGUAGCGCCUUCGCGAGCGCGCAGAUUGACAUGGAUGUGCCCGGGCCCGGCUUGUAUAACCUUGGCGAGGCCCUGGAUGCGUCGUCCGCGCAGCGGCGGCCGCAAGCAGCGCUGCUCGGGAUGUCCGGCCCGCGCUUUGGCGCGACGGCUGGGGAGGGAGAAAGGCGGGCGUUCCAGGCCCCGGCACCUACAGUCCGCAGAAACCAAGCGGCGGCAGCGCCCCGGUCUUUGGCACCGCGCGGCGUCCGCUGGGUGACGACCAGGAAAGGAAGAAAUCGAGAGGCGUUCAGUCAUGUCGGUCCUGGCAGCUACGAGGUGCAGACUCCAGGUGGCGUGAACGGCACCACCACUGGCGGUUUUAUCGCUCAGGCUCCGCGCACGACCGAUGCGAAUGGCGGCGGCGGCGGCAUCGCUGAUAUUGAGGGAAAGGGGUGGACGCCGUGCCGGGUCCUGGCGCCUACGAGACAGCCGCCUACUACGCCUACAUGGAGGGAAAGCAAGAGAGCCUCGGCGCCGGCGGUGGCCUCGGCGGACUGGCACAGACCGCGCCGCGCCUCACGGAGACAGAGUCCACCAGCCUUCAAAAAAAGGACCUCCCAGGCCCCGGAGCGUACCUGCCUUCAGCUCACCGCCGUUCACGGCGGCGUCCGCGGCGUCGUCUUUGGCAGCGCCUCACGGCAGUCGCCAGAGGCUGCGGACGCGGCAUCGACGGGAGCAACGACGGUUGGUCCGGGCACCUACGAAGUACAGUACGACGCGCAAGAGAAGUCCGCCCCGCGCGUUGUUUUUGGUACCGCCCCGCGCUUGCCGAGCGUCGCAAUGGACGGCGAGCAGGAUCUGCCUGGACCCGGUAGCUACAGCCCACGCGACGGCGAAGGGGCUGGUGGCGGCGGUGGUGGUCCCGCCGCCCUUUUUGGCACAGCGCCGCGCGACCCCACCAAUGAACAAGCAGGGCCGGACGGCGCGGCUGCGGUCCCUGGACCAGGCACCUAUGAGGUCUACGUUACACGAGAGGGACGCGUCCUCUGGCGGGACGUCAAGGGCGCCGUCUCCUUUGGCAAACAAGGGAGCAGCCGCGCCGACGCCGUGGCAAGCGGUGCGAACGGUGUGCCCGGCCCCGGCGCCUACCAACCUGUUCCCACAGACGCGAGCGGUCCGCCAAGUCAUGGGGUUGUGUUUGGCACGGGGCCGGGGCACGACGUUCGCGUCCGUGCCGCGGACGGCGGUGAACACGGCGGCGAGGGGGCCAUGCUCGGACCAGGUGCCUACGACGUGAAGUACGCCGCCAGCCAGCCACAACCACCGGCCUACUCCUUCGGCAAAGCCCCCGCACCGUCGCAAGCGGACGAGGAGAAAGCACAACGAGGGGAGGCGCCGUCUCCCGGCCCAGGCACGUACCUGGCCAUUCCAAGCGUGGAGCGGCUCGCGCACCACGCGGCCCGUUUUGGGACAAGUGCGCGCUUUCCAGCGGAGGGCCGAAGACGCGGCGGCAGAGGGUAA